UAUGACAGAGUAUGUGUACAUUUAGUAGUUUCUAACGUGGGCUACUUCAAAGGAGCGUGAGUUUGUGUCGAAGCUUUUGUUUGACUUUUUAAAAGUUGAAGAGCAGCUCUUGUUGCGGCUCGUUUGACGUCUGCGGAAGACGUUGAGAAGUUGCUCGGGGCAGACUACAUGCGCCUGUUUUUGAUUGGGGCCUUUUUCGUAUGACUGCAAACUCGAGUAAUAUUUAGGAACUUGCAAGAGUGAUGGUUUCUGUUGUCGCAAUCGUUUUCUUUCUUAGAAGAGAGGCUCUGCUCUAAGUCAUAUUUAGAUGCCAGCUUAGUUGCAACGAAACAUCCUUUUUUUGUUACGUUUUGAAACGUUUCGAUAUGUUCGUUUCAUUUGGCAUUUCGAAACAGGAAAUUGAUGUUUACGUGGCUAACCAUGACUUAGAAUCGACCAAGUAAGCAGUGUACUGGCAGUGUGGUUUGAGUUUGUGUGAUGUGUUGUGAGACAUUUGAUUUUUCCAGUUAGAAGCGUUGCUGUUCUAUGUUUGAUUUGUCGACAAGUUUCAGAUACAAUUUAGUUCGUCAAUGGCCAUUCAUUCCUUGAAUAGGUCCCUUCGCCUUGUGGGUGUGUUUGGACCAUUAUCCUGUCGCAUUGACAGGACUAAAUCAUUUUAAGGGAGAUUGGUAACCUUGAUUGCCUUGUAUCACCCAUUCAUUUUAUGCUUCUUGUUUUGUUUUGUUUUAUUUUUUCCUGUUUUUCUCUGUUAUUAUUAUUAUUAUUAUUAUUAUUAUUAUUGUUUUAUGGCUAAGCUUUAAGAUGAGCGUUUUCUAGUUAGCUUAGAAUCAAGAUCCCUGAUCGUCCCGUAUUGUGAAACUAACUGACAAAUGAGCCUCUUGGUUUCAUGCACGUGUGAUAAGAAGCCUACAACAUUCCUGGGAGUAUCUUAUGGACAGUAUGUAAUAUUAAAAAAAUUAUUUCAAAAUGGGAAAGCCUGGCUCUCCAAAGCUUGUUAACUUCGACCACGCAAGGAGACGUCGUAUAACUUGGUUGUUGGUUGUAGUUGGACUCUGCUGUUUCUUUUACACUCUAGGCUCAUGGCAAAAUGGCGGUACCGCGGCGUUGAGUGACAAGGCUACUAAUGCAAAAGCUUGUGGCUCCGUUACCACUGCUCUUGACUUUGGGGCCCAUCAUGGAUUGGCAAGCACGACCAACGAUGGCUCCAAAAUCGAACAAUUUUCCCCUUGCGACAUGAAGUACAGCGAGGUUACCCCUUGUGAGGACCCACAGCGUGCGCUCAAGUUUCCCAGAGAGAAGCUGGAGUACCGUGAGCGCCAUUGUCCAGAGAAGGACGAGCUUCUGAGAUGCCUCGUGCCAGCUCCUCCAGGGUAUAAGAAUCCCUUCCCCUGGCCUAAGAGCCGGGACUAUGCAUGGUAUGCCAAUACCCCUCACAAAGAGCUUACAGUUGAGAAGGCCAUUCAGAAAUGGGUGCAAUACCGAGGUGAGAAGCUCUACUUCCCUGGCGGUGGUACUUUUUCGGCUGGUGGUGCAGACAAGUAUAUUGCCGAUAUUGCCGAUCUCAUUCCGUUGGACGAUGGAUCUAUCCGAACUGCCCUUGACACUGGUUGCGGAGUGGCGAGUUGGGGAGCCUACUUGUUGAAGAAAAACAUUCUGGCCAUGUCAUUUGCACCGAGAGACACCCAUAUAUCUCAAAUUCAAUUUGCCCUUGAGAGAGGAGUACCUGCCAUUCUUGGGAUUAUGGCCACGAUUCGACUACCUUACCCCGCCCGAUCGUUUGAUAUGGCACAUUGCUCACGCUGUCUCAUUCCUUGGGGUGCGACGGACAACAUGUACCUAAUUGAGGUGGACCGCGUGCUAAGGCCUGGCGGAUAUUGGAUUCUGUCUGGUCCUCCUAUCAACUGGAAGAAACACUACAAGGGUUGGGAGCGGACGCAAGAAGAUUUGAAGGCUGAGCAGGACACAAUUGAGGAUGGUGCCCGUCGGCUGUGCUGGAAGAAGGUGGUAGAGAAGGACAAUCUGGCAAUCUGGCAGAAGCCUCUCAACCACAUGGAGUGUGCAGCUUUUCACAAGAAGAAUCCCACUGUGUCCCCUCGUAUGUGCAGUAAAUUGGAGCAUCCUGAUCAUGCUUGGUAUCGCAAGCUUGAAGCGUGUAUUACUCCACUUCCUGAUGUGAAAAGUAAAAACGAAGUUGCUGGCGGCGAAUUAGCUAAAUUUCCUGCACGUGUGAACACUAUCCCUCCAAGGAUCGCUAGCGGAAGUGUUCCGCUUAUGACAGCUCAGGAAUUCAAAGAAGACGCAGAAUUGUGGGAGAAGCGAGUCAAAUACUACAAAAAUCAUUUGAUUCCACCACUUACCAAUGGUAGAUACAGGAACAUUAUGGACAUGAAUGCAGGUCUUGGAGGCUUUGCUGCAGCUCUUGUCAAAGACCCUGUAUGGGUUAUGAACGCCAUGCCCCCGGAAGCUAAAACUGACACAUUGGGUGUAAUUUUCGAGCGUGGAUUUAUUGGGACUUACCAGAAUUGGUGUGAGGCAUUCUCUACGUACCCACGAACUUAUGACCUAAUUCAUGCAGAUAACGUGUUCAGCAUGUACCAAGACAGGUGUGAUAUUACAUACGUGCUUUUGGAGAUGGACCGAAUCCUGCGACCUGAGGGGGCAGUUUUGAUACGUGAUGAAGUUGACGUUGUCAACAAGGUUAUGAUCAUCACCCAAGGUAUGCGUUGGGAGUGCCGGUUGGCAGAUCAUGAAGAGGGUCCAUUCAUCAGAGAGAAGAUUUUGGUUUGUGUGAAGACUUAUUGGGUUGGUGAAAUUAAAGCAGCUAACGCUACGUUAUCGGGAGAUUCUUCAGACUAAGUUAGUCGAUUGUAUUAUGUACAAUGCAUUGAGAUACAGGGGAUUCAUGGGAACAAUUAGUGGUUCUGAGUUCUUUGGUCAAUCAGAAAGCAUGUGCGGGUCAUUGAACCUUUUCCAUUGUAAUCAAGACAAUUUAAAUUUAUGCAUUAACCACUAAAGUCUUAUAAUCUAUCUGAAAGA